UGCUGACAUGUUUAAAGGCUGCUCUUUUCUGUCCUCAGUUAAUUCGCCAAGCAUCAGGCAUCACAACAGCAAAGAUGGCUUUUGGUCCUCACUUGUUGUUGCUCUUGUGUGGUAUCAGUGGACUGUUGACUGGAACUUGGGCUUUUGCUUUAAAGACAGAUCAGUAUUGCCCUCCACGCUGGACUCAGUUGGACAACCGCUGUAUAAUCUUUCAAAAUGAGAAAUUAACUUUUGCUCUUGCUGAGACUGUUUGCAACAUUCUUGGUGGAAACCUGGUUUCAAUCCACAAUAAUCUGGAAAAUGAAGUAGUUCGCCACCUGAUUCUGGCAGGGGCUGGAUCUUUUAGGCGUUCUUGGAUUGGACUCCAUGACCGGGUCAAGGAUGGAGAAUUUUUAUGGACAGAUGGCUCACCCUUUGAUUUCAAUGACUGGGCGAAUAACCGGCCAAGAAUGAAUACAAAUCAAGACUGUACAGUGAUAAACUUUCAAGAGGCACCCUGGAAUGAUAUUGAGUGUGCUAAUCAAAGAUCCUUUGUUUGUGCCAAAGAUUUGAAACACUAGUAACAGAAUCAGACUCAAGUUGUUUUUAUUGCAGUGUGUUUUCCAAU